CCGUGGCUCUAUACGACCCACGACUCACCGAAGACGGCUCCUUCCGCCGCCAUCCUCCAUCCAAGAACCAAUCGGCAACACAAACCUGCACGUGAACAUGAGCUUCACAGUAGAGGAGAGGGGGAACCCGAACUCCCUGAGCUACCGCUUGUUCUUCAAAAAUACUGAAGGAAAGUACAUCUCACCAUUCCAUGACAUACCAAUAUUCGCUGAUGAGGGUCAGAACAUCUUUCACAUGGUUGUGGAAGUACCGAGAUGGACAAAUGCAAAGAUGGAGAUUGCUACAAAAGACCUCUUGAACCCAAUAAAGCAAGAUGUGAAGAAGGGCAAGUUGCGAUAUGUUGCCAAUGUUUUCCCACAUAAGGGCUACAUAUGGAACUAUGGAGCCAUUCCCCAGACGUGGGAAGAUCCUGCACACAAAGAUGGAGACACUGACUGCUGUGGUGACAACGACCCCAUCGAUGUCUGUGAAAUCGGCAGUAAGGUGUGUUCCCGUGGGGAGGUGAUCAAAGUGAAGGUGCUCGGGAUCCUGGCCAUGAUCGAUGAGGGCGAGACUGAUUGGAAAGUGAUUGCAAUCAACGUAGAGGACUCCGAAGCCAACGACUUGAAUAACAUCAGUGACGUGCAUCGCCUGAAACCUGGUUAUCUGGAAGCCACAGUUGACUGGUUCAGGAGGUACAAAGUGCCAGAUGGGAAACCAGAGAACCGGUUUGCUUUCAACGAGGAGUUCAAAGACAAGGACUUUGCCAUUAAAAUAAUUAAGAGCACUCACAACUUCUGGAAAGCACUCAUUUCCCAAAAUACUAAUGCUGGUGAACUGAACUGCAAAAACACGUGUGUCUCGGACGGUGACAGCCCUUUCUGCUGCUCAGCGGAUGAGGCCAAAGCUGCUGUUGGUGAAACAUGUCCUUGUGGAAAAGAAGAACCUAUCCCCUUAUCAGUAGAUAAAUGGUUCUACUACGAGAAGAAGUAAACCACGAGCUGAAUUGGAGCAGAGUGAAAGGCUCAUCCCUCAUAGGAUACUUGAAGAAGGUUUUACAUUAGGAACCAAUGGGAUGACAGGAUGGGACAUGGAUGGUUGGGUCUGGGUUUGCUUUUUUUCCUGUAGAUGGAAAGACAUUGGUUAGAAACUGUAUAGAAAGUACUCAUGUCUUGAACAAUGAAUUUUCACUUCUUUAACAAUGAUCUCGUUGGAUAUGUGCUAUCAUGAACAAAGUACGGGUGCUUUUCCUUGUAGAUACUUGUGCCCUGUAUGAGACUCUGAUCUGCUUUAAUAAAGCCUCUCGGGUAAACUGGUCA